UCAAUUAUUGACCAAAAAAAAAAAAAAAGCACACAUCAACGUCGUCCCACGGACAUUUUUUAUAUUUUUAUUUCCGGUCAAAGUAAGCCAAUCGUCUUCCUUCAAAUUCUCAAAGGGCAGUUUCCGCCGCCAUCGUCCUCCCGGCCCCGCUGACCGACCGACUGUCCAGAUUGCUGCGCGGCAGACAUGGGGAGGAUUGGUUUGCUCGUGUCGGAUAUGAUAAUCUCGUUCAUGUGGGUAUGGUCGGGGGUCUUGAUCAAGAUCUACGUGUUCAGCAUUCUGGGGUUUGGUCACGGACCCGGCGGUGAGAUCAUCAAGUGCGCCCUUUCGAUUGUGAACAUGUUCUUCUUCGCGUUGCUGGGAAAGGUUACCAACGGCGGCACCUACAAUCCUUUGACCGUGUUGUCCGGCGCAAUUACUGGGGAUUUCAGCCGCUUCCUUUUCACUGUUGGUGCCAGAAUCCCUGCUCAGGUUAUCGGCUCUAUUGCUGGCGUUUGGCUCAUAAUCGCGGCCUUUCCUGAAGUAGGUCAUGGUCCUCGCUUGAACGUUGACCUCCAUCGAGGUGCGCUCACAGAAGGGUUGCUGACAUUUGCGAUUGUUACCGUCUCGCUUGGGCUUGCCAGAAAAAUCCCCGGGAGUUUCUUCACGAAGACUUGGAUCUCGAGCGUUUCCAAGUUAACUCUUCAUAUUCUCGGCUCUGAUCUGACUGGCGGUUGUAUGAACCCGGCUUCUGUGAUGGGAUGGGCUUACGCUCGUGGCGACCAUUUCACGAAGGAGCAUAUCAUGGUUUACUGGCUCGCCCCGAUGGAGGCAACUCUGCUGGCAAUAUGGACAUUUAGGGUCGUCGUUCCACCAGCCCAGGAGGACAAGGUCGACGUGAAGGCUAAACCAGAAUGAAGAAAUUCCACUGCAUUUCUCGAGAGCCUGGUGACGUGUUCAUGGCAGCGCGAAUCAGUAACCCAGCUACUUCCGACUUCCUUAACCAGUCCUUUCGUCUCUAUAACGCUUCUCGCAACAUGGCCACUGGACAUUAUCUUUUCUGUCGGGUCUUCUCAUUCUACGUUCUCGGCUUCUCAUCCUAAAAUGUUGCACGAUGAUCAUAACCCGUCUAGUUUCUUUUUCACUUUUAAAGAUCUAACUCUGCUAGAAAUUUGUCAAAUCCGAAAUACUUUGCCUACAUGACUCACAUUCUCCAUCUCGCACAACCGAAAUGGAUAAUGUAUUCUUGAUUGAUUUAAGGCGUAGCGAAGCAAAAUCUACGAUUGCA